UGUUAGUCAUUUAUCGUAACCUUGUGAAUAAUAGUUUCCGGGAUAACAGACGCAGUGUUACACUGAGGCGUCGCCAUCCUACAGCAAGGCGAGGCCUAUGACUACUCCAGCAAUAUCUAUAAAACAAGGGGAUAUGCGGGGUGAACCGCGUAGAUCAAAAUUGUGGUACCCAGCCCAGCGCCUAGUUAUCUCGCUGUAGAUGCACGAUGAUGGGCGCUCUAUACGCUAGUACUAUCAGUGGCCACUCACGGCAUUGGUGUUAUCAUCCGGGCGCUAGCGCCGCCAUAAGCUACCAUCUAGGCAAUCUCCAACGCUGCUUCAACUGCGAUCUACUGGGACAUAUCAGCUGGGGUUAUAAAGGCCAAUUGCUCUGCAGAUGAUCCGGCCAUUCUUAUCAUGUACUGCUGCGCAUUCCGAGGUACGGAGGCCGUUAUCGGUUUUCGUAGGUAUAUUCAUAUGUUGCCUCCCCUAUAACCUCAUCGUUAAGUGCGACGACGAUACUAAUAAGGGGGAAUCCUGCGAGUGGUGACAGUGUUGGUGGAACUCUUGUGGCAUUUAUAUAUAUGGUUACCCUCCUACCGACCGUGUCCGGUAUUAUAUUUACUUAAUAUCUAAAAUGUCGUUAUCUACUAUUAUUUGGCUGGCGUCGGGAAUCGUCUUAUCCCUAAUCACGUUUCUCGCUCUGAAGAGGUCCCAGAAAGAUGUAGUGCUCAGGAGACUAGGACUGGGAGGGCGCAAUGCGUCCCGCCCGAGUACGCCAUUGCUAGAGAAGCAGGUGUCUCCGAAGCCACUUGCCUCAUCCACAUCAGACCUUCUCUCGACGUUCCCACCUUCGCCACGAGGACAGCUCAAGAUAAUGGUGGAAAAGAUGCCUCCCGCCCAACGAAAAGCGAUGGGUAACCUCUCCUUCAACACGAACACAUUCACAAACUCGCUUUUGGGUCUCGAGGAGGACUACCGGACCGCCGACGACUCAAAGUACUGCUAUACCGGCUUUUCGGUGAAGGAGAUCAAGGCGCUAGGGGACUUUCCGGACUACUCGACGCUCUCCGAGGUCCCGCUGCCUCAACCGUACUUGGAAUUCGACAUUAACAAGGCCAAGCCGCGGCCGUACCGCCCAUUCAGAUGGGCAUACCAUCAGACAAUGUCCUUAACCAAACUCGAAACGGACUGGUGGCUAGAGCUAGAAUCGACUUACAAGACGCGCAUCGCACAGCGCAAGGAGCUAUACGCCCAGCACGGAUCAGACGUGCUGCAAUCGCUCCCGGGCUCGGAGCUCGCGUGCAAGGAGCUGAUGGAGAUGUCCCUGCAGUUCCUGUGCGCGCGGUACCCGCAGUACUUCGUCUUAUCGGCGGACAAGUCGCGGCUCGAGAACCGGAUCCUCGGCACCGUGACCUUAAUCAAGGAGAUGCACCCCCUGCACGUCCUGCUCGACAACGUGCCCGAGGACUUCGGCAUGGUGCUGCGCGACCCGGAGUCGGGCUACUACGUCUUCCGCGCCGGCCUGAUCUGCUCGGCGCUGGGCUGGAACGUCGGCAGCAAAAUCGGCAUGAAGCUGCACGAGAUCCACACGCCGAUCCCGGAUUAUAAGGAGAAGAUGCAGUUUAGUAUGGACAGAUUUUUCUCCAAGAUGCCCGCCAACAAGCCCAUCCAGCGCGGCUCCUGGGGUCUCGAAGUAGACCAGCCGCUGUACAUGCCGCCGGGCGACCCGCACGCCAGCUACCGCGACUUCCAAGACAAGAGCCUAACACCGGACCGCAUCCACCUACGCGUCGACUGGCAGACGCUGCGCCGGCUCCCGCUAUCGGGGGCCGUCGUCUUCAACUUCAAGGCCCUGUUCACGCCCAUCGAAGAAUUCCGAGACGAGCCGUAUGUGCCGAGUUUGAUCCUGAAGGUACUGAAGGAGGGCAAGGAGAACCUCAUGAAGUACAAGAACACGUGGCACACGGAGCACGUCGUGAUCCCGACCUUGGAGGAGUUCGCUAAGGAACAGAUUGAAAAGGGGCUCAUUGAAAAGGAUUGGGAGCCUAAGACCCUCGAUGAUAGUCCCUGGUUUCCCGGGUGGCAGGAGAAGUGGCAUAGGCAGCAGGGCUUCUAGAGCUCUGAGGGAAAACAAAAUGAUUUACAGGCAUAAAAGCAAAAUGCUAUCGAAGCUCGGUAGCAAUUCAUCACCUAAUGUACCUACUCAUGCAAAUACUAAGCAUAUAGGUGUAUCCAAUAAUAUCAAUAGUUAUAUAAAAGACUUUUGAUUCUCCA